AUGGACCAACAAGACGAUGAAGAAGCGACAAACGUGUUUGCUUCGGUGAUAAAUGCAAAUGAUGACGAAAUGGUUUUGACAACAUCAAAUGCAAAUCGAGAAUCGCGGCAUGUUGCUGUUUAUGGCCUGCCGACCACGCUAAGUCAGGACACUAUUAACACAUUUUUCACAAAUUAUGGACGUGUACAAAAGAUUGAGCGAAUCGCUGAUGGAAGUAUUGUUGUCAGUUUUAUGGAUGUUCGAUCAGCACAAAAAGCGCAAAGCGGCGAUAAUCGCAUCGAUCCGAGCACACCAUUUCGCAUUGCAUUCUAUGAGCCGGAUGUUAAAACAGGUGUUAUUCCGUCGCUAAUGUCGCUACCAACGCCAGCGACAUCAAUUUCGGCCGCCUCAGCUGACCCACUAAAAACGACGCCACCGAAAACAAAAGAUUCACGAAUCGAACGACCGUCGUCGUCGGCGAUUCCGACGGCGAAUAGACCAAUUUCGAAGAAGGUCAAUCGGCCGCUGAAAGAGCAACAACAACAACAAAUUUCGUCGCUGGAGACGCCAACAACGAGCACGGCGCCGACAAUUCCAACACAACCGACAACGUCAUCGUUGGUGUCGACGACAAGCGUGGGAGGCGUCGGAAACGCGGGCGCUUCGGCCUCCCAUCAGGCGAUCAUCGUCGAGCGGCUACCGAAUCGCUCGGACGCCACCAUCAAGGAGCAAUUGCGCGAGCAGCUCAAGCGCUAUGGGCGAAAUAUAUCGGAUAUCAUCGUCGAGAACGACGGUGAUUCCAAAAAAGCGAUAGUUUGGUUUCAAAGAGUUGACGCGGACAAGGUCAUUUUGGAACAGAAUCCGGUAAUAUUAAAUCAACGGGUACGAUUACGGGUUAUUUCGAAUAUAAGCGGGUCUUCAACGUCGACGUCUAGUCAGGAAACGAAAACAGCCAACACGCCAAGCAACGCAUCAAACGCUCGAAGGGCCGAUGAGGUGGACGCGUUUCAUCCGAAAUCGUCGCGGACCCUUUAUGUCGGUGGUCUUGAGACGCGCGUCAGCGACGAGUCGCUUCGUCGACGCUUCGCGAAAUUUGGCGAGAUUCUCGAUAUCGACGUGAAAAAUUUCGAAUCGCCAUCGCCGUUCGCGUUCUUGCAAUUCGCCGAUAUUGAUUCGGCGGUUCGCGCGAUUAACGCCAAUAGUGCAAUGACGAACAAGAAGGGCAAGCCUAAUUUUGGACGAUCGAUGACGUCACACAAAUUGUGGAUUGGCCAUUUGCCGGAGAAAGCCUCUGCCGACUACAUUACUCAAAAAUUGAAAGCGCUUUCCGAUUCAGUGGUUGAUUUUGUUUUGGAUAUGAGAGAAAGACAGGCUAUUGUGAUAUUCAACACACAAGAAGCCGCGACACAAGCUUACAAUCGGAUACGCGUCGGAAAUCCGAAGCCGUUGUGA